GAGAAAUACAUCAGGAGUGUUCUUACAGGGAUUUAUGAUUCUCCUGAAAAACUUGUGGAUGAUUAUGAGGUUCACAACUGGCUGCAAGAGCUCAUGUCACCACCAGAAGGACCUGGAUUAAAUGGCCUUCCUGAAAAGCUGACAUCAGUUGAUGACAUCUGUGCCAUUGUGACACCAUUAGUAUUUCAAGCAAGUGUACAACAUGCUGCAGUGAAUUACUCUCAGUACGAUGAAUUUGCAUAUCCACCAAACUAUCCAAGUUAUUUGGAAGGCCUCCCUCCAAGAGAUAAGAGAGCAAGAAAUGAGCAGGAUCUUGUAAACGCCCUGAUAAGCAAAACACGAGUAUUAGACGUUGCAUUUUUAGCUGACUUCUUGAGCAGAACUGGAUUGAACCCACUAGGAUACUUUGAGGUUCAG